GAGAGGCACAGCACUGUUGGGGCUCUCCGGGGAAUCCUCCUGAUCCGGUGCUGACCAUGGGCAAGCGAGUGGCCGUGGUGCUGGCGGGCUGCGGGGUGUUCGACGGGAGCGAGAUCCACGAGGCGUCUGCUGUGCUGGUGCAGCUCAGCAGGGAGGGGGCAGAGGCAGAGCUUUAUGCUCCUGAUGUGGACCAGAUGCACGUGGUGGACCACAUGAAAGGACAGCCAACUCAGGAGAAGCGCAACGUGCUGGUGGAAAGUGCCAGGAUAGCCAGGGGCAACAUCAAGGAUCUAGCUAAGCUGUAUGUCAAGGGGCUGGAUGCCCUGAUCAUACCAGGUGGCUUUGGAGUGGCUAAAAACCUGAGUACUUGGGCUACCCAGGGCAAGAGCUGCACUGUCUGCAAAGAGGUGGAGGAUGUCCUGAAGGCAUUCCAUGCUGCCAAGAAGCCCAUCGGCCUGUGCUGCAUUUCCCCAGUGCUGGCAGCCAAAAUCUUCCCGGGCUGUGAGCUGACCGUGGGCCACGACACCGAGUGUGAGCAGUGGCCCUACGCCAGGACUGCCGAGGCCCUGAAGGAGCUCGGCUGCAAACACGUCAACAAGCAGGUCUCUGAGGUCCACGUGGACGUGCAGAACAGGCUGGUGACCACCAGUGCCUUCAUGUGCAACGCCCCCAUCCACCAGGUCCACGACGGCAUUGGAAAAAUGGUCCAAGAGGUGCUCAGGCUUGCCUGAACAAAGCCCCCGAGUCCAUCUCCUCUGGAGUGCAGGCACUGAGCCUCGAGGCGCGCCCCUCCCCUCCCACCCACAGCCAGCAAACCCAGACCGAGAUCUGCCUCCUGGUGGCUGCUGAGGAGGGAGAGCUCCGGAGCCACGGAAGUGUUGUGUCCUGCCAAGGAGACAGCCCUUCCUGACAGCAGCUGGGCUGUGGGCAGGUGUGGAGCAGGCACUGAGUCAGGAUUCCACAGGGCCCAACACAGCCACUCUCCUUGGCUCUGGGGGGCUGAGGGGCUGCCUGGGGUCUGGCAGCCACCACUGGGUCUGACCUGUUCCCACCAUGGUCCCUUCCCAAGAGUCCUUACACAGGCACCUCUGCCAGGCCUUCCAAGCUCUCCACAUCCCUCCACCUCACAGAAGAUGGACUCAAAAGACCCUUGAGAUCAUCAGGUCCAACCAUUAAACUCAACCAAGCCAUGUUCCUCAGCACCAUCUCCCAGAAUCAAUCACCAAUGGAUGAGUGGCAAAGGGAAGAACCAUGGUUCUGCUACUGAAUAAAAUCUGACUCUUUAUACAUGGGCUGAGUUCUGCUGUCACUGGUUGCUUUUUAG